AGGUUGGCAUGGUCCCAACCCCCCUGACUCAGUAUGAACUGUUCCGUGUCAGGAAAUGAAUGCCCGGAUUGUGAAUCUGCCUUCGCAUGACAGUAAAGCCGAAGUAAGCACCGUCGAGAGCAGGACCAGUGCCAUGUAAACUUGCGAUGGAUAAUAUACAGAGUCGGAGUACGUUUUGACGCGACUGUGAAUGGAAUAUACCCCUGGCAUGUGUGUUUGUUUUCAAGUAAGGGUCGAAUAUUUCGACUGAAGAGGAUAAAUGUAAAACGGUGCCAAGUUUGGCCUGGGAUAUCUUACCGCAAUGGGCCGCUUUUCAACUUUACCAAAAGGGCUCUGUGGAAUAUUAUUCGUGGGAUUUUCAAUUUUCUUCUAUGAUGUUGCCGCAAAUGGUAAUUUCCUAUACGUGAGCAAUGGCACCCAUAUAAUCAAAAUCAACAGACUCAACGGACACAAGGCAUCAGUCUUCUUCCAGCACGAUGGAAGGAUAAUCGGCUUGGCAGCAGACAUAGACGACGGCUGGCUGUUUUGGUCAGAUAUCAGCUCAAGACGGAAGUCAAUAUAUCGGUCUCGACUAGAUGGAACUGAUGUCACAGUUAUCCUGAGAGAUGUUGAGGAAUGCAAUGGACUGUCUGUGGACUGGAUCUCUAACCAUGUGUACUGGACUGACGCACAGAAACAAACCAUCGAAGUUGCCAACUAUGACGGAAGUGGGCGCAGGAUUUUGAUUGGCUUUGACCUGGACAAGCCUCGUGGGAUUGUUGUAGACCCUGUGUAUGGAUAUGUGUUCUGGGCAGACCAAGGCUCCAAGAAGAUCGAGAGGGUGUGGUUGGAUGGGAGUCACCGAAUCGUGCUGGUCAACAACAACCUCCACUGGCCCAACCAGCUGGCCGUCAGCUAUGGCACAAGGCGACUUUACUGGGUUGACCAACGAAAGCAGCACAUCAUGUCCUGCAACAUUGACGGCAAGGACAUCACCAAGGAGCGGGACCUGUCUAAGAUUGCCAACAGUGACCCAGUGUUUGGACUUGUGGUGUUUGGUAACACUGCUAUCUUCAGUACAUGGUUCAGUGCCGGAAUCCACUCCACCCUCGUGGCCACCCGACUCAGCUGGAGGGAUGAAACCAUCACCACACUCUCUGGAAGCCGUGAACUCUUCAGUCUGGUUGCCACCACUCAAUCCAUGCAGCCACCUAGCAACCACCCCUGUGGCCAGGAGGAUCGAGGUGGGUGUUCUCACCUGUGUCUGCCAACAAGGGGUACCUCGUACAGGUGUGCUUGUCCCUCCUUUGGGGGUCUAGCCCUCAGCUCCAACAGCAAGAGUUGUGAAGUGCCGAGCGAGUUGCUGUUCUUCACCCUGAAGGACUCCGGUGACAUUGGCUUCAUCUCCCUAACUGGUGGACAGUCACCUGACCUCACACUUGUCGGCCGGAGCCCCAGCCCCAGUGCAGUCAGCUAUGACCCCAUCGAACAGUUUGUCUACUGGAGUGACACAACGGAAAACAUCAUCUACCGUACCAGUCUGGACGGGUCAGAGAGGGAGGUGUUUCUCAACUGCUCUCAUGGUGUGGGUGUUGUUGAUGGCCUGGCAGUGGACUGGGAGGCCCGCAGACUCUACUUCACCAACAUGGGGCAUUCCACCCCGGGCCUGGACGGAGUUGUCUACUCCUGGCAUCGCAUUGAGGUCAUCAGUCUGGAUGGCCGGAACAGGAAGACGGUGGUGACAGAUGUUGAGAGUCCUCGAGGAUUGGACCUGGAUAUGAGGAAUGGCUUUUUGUUUUACGGAGAUUGGGGUAAGAAGCCAAAAAUUGUUGCGAGUUUGUUGGAUGGCUCAAAGGGGGAUAUAAUCCUAGACAGUGGACUGUCCAACCCCAAUGGGCUGACUUUCUACAAUGGUCACUUGUACGUUGCCGACUCCAACUUCAACAACCUCACUUCCUCGCCUCAUCUCAUGGUGUACGACGUCUACACUGCAACCUGGCAACAACUCAAGCUCAGCACCAACGUCUCACUGCCGAUGGGUCUGGCUGUGCGAGGAGACACCCUGUACUACACUGACUGGGUUUCUAUGGAGAGUUCCACUGGCUACCUCAAGUCGUAUGACCUGCGGUACGGGGUGGACAACACUGUGAUGCUGACUGGACAGAAGCCAACAGGUCUCCACUACUCCCCUCUGGCCAGACGGAGACAGGCUGCUGAAGGGUCAUGUGAACAUACUGGAUGCAGCAAUGAGUGUGUGCGAGUUCCAUCGUCACCAGCCCACCCCAUGCAGUGUAUGUGCCCCGAUGAGUCCGCCAAGAUCCUCACCAGCAACAAGGUCACGUGUGACAGGCCACAGAAUUUCCUGUUGUAUGCCGACCUCAACACUUUGAAGCUCAACAGCCUUGACCCUGAAUCAGAAGAGGCAACGCACACACUACUCUACAGUGACAUCAAGAGCAACUUCAUCGCAGUUGCUUAUGAUGAGAGAACUGACACCAUUUACUGGAGUGACAUCAACAAGAGAGCUAUCUUCUCAUCACCAUUCAAUGACAUCAGCCCCCAGCUGGUGUAUCAGAGCAUCCACCACGUUGAUGGGCUGACCAUUGACGGUGACCGACAAAGGCUGUUCUGGACUGGCUACCUCAAUAACGGUUCUGGAAUCAUCGCAAGGAUCAACCUCCAGCGAGGGAAGUCAUCCUACCACGAGAUAGUCACGGGGCUACACAGUCCCAGGGCAAUUCUACACAUCCCUAAGAAGAAGCUGCUGUUUUGGACUGAGUAUGGUACGAAGAUGUCUCCCCCAAGUGUCCACAAGUCUCGGGCUAAUGGCAAGCACCACAAGGUGAUCAUGUCUGAGGGCCUAGUCUGGCCCAAUGCCCUCACAGUGCAGGAGGACAAGCUGUUUGUCGGGGACGGCUGGGGGAAGGUCUUCACGCUCAAGUUUGAUGGGAACGAGGUGAAGGAGCUGAUGUUUCUAACUGGAGCAUCCUUCCAUAUCUUUGGCAUGGUUGUGUUUGAAAACGCACUCUUCUACUCGGAUUGGCACACCCACAGUGUUUACAUGGUUGACAUGGUAACUGGAGACCAAGAAACCAUAGCAACACAUCUCUCCAGACCUACAGCUGUUGUUAUUUAUCAUCCAGCAAGUCUCAAAGAGAACAACCUAUGUACAACAAGCAGGGGGGAGCGAGUGUGCAGCAACAUCUGUGUGCCUGUCCCACGCUCAUAUCACUGUACAUGUUCUGUGGGGUCCAAGCUGGCAGCAGACGGCAAGAACUGUAUCCAGAUGUCCAGCCCCUGGGAAAUGACGGAGGAGUUCCGGUGUGGCCAGGAUUGUGGCGACAAGGCUCACUGCGCACAGCUCAUUCCGGAGCUCAAGUACCAGUGUGUUUGUCAGGGAGGUUAUCAAGGAGAUGGCAUUGAAUGUGAAUCAUGCAGUCCCGACUCCUUCAAGGCAUUCCUUGGCAACAGCACAUGUACCCCUUGCCCUGUUGGCAUGACGACCCGUGGUGUCCCCUCUGCCACAGAGUGUGUGUGUGAGGACCGGUAUGCCCACAACAGCAAUGGAACAUGUGUCUGUAAGUCUGGUUCCCAAGUGAAGCAAGAGUACAGUGUUGACUUCAAUGGGACCUGUGACCCUGGUGACGACUAUCUCAAGACAGAGCUGAGGGAUACAGCGCUGCGCUAUUUGGCUCGCUACGACUUAUGUCAGAUGCAUCAUUGUCAAUUCACUGACCUCACUAUUGGGUGUAUUGAGACUGGGACCAAGAAACGUUGGUUCAACACAAAACAGUUCCAGCUCAGGUGGAACAUCACCUACAAUGACUGCACUGGUCAGAAUGGGCGUGCCAUAACCAAGGACUUGGUCAGCAUCAAACGUAAAUUGGAGGAUCUGGCCAUGACCCUGAAGGUCAGCUUGGACAAGCAAGUGUACUCCACCAUCCCCGGGAAUGUGAAGGUGUCCCCACCCCAUGUGGCCUGUCUGGCAGACCAGUAUCAGGGGAGCUGUGGAAAGUCUCCACCUCCUGCCAUGACAACAGAAGCUGCUAUGACAUCAGAAGAGAUGACUUCUGCUGAGAUCAUUGUCUCGUCUUCAGCAGAAACCAUGGCACCACUUGAUGCAACAACUGAAAGAUCUGGAUACAUGACAUCUGAGGAGGUCACAGAAGAUGAUCUGGACCUGGUGACUAUGGACGAGGUGACAGUUGAAAUGACUGACAGCUUAGUGACCACUGCUCCAAAUAUUGUUCGGUCAGAGGUAACAACUGCAUCUGUCAUGAUUGUUACUGAGAAAAAGGAAGAGGUUCAAGUCGCUCGAGGAAAGCCCUACUUUGAGGGAUGCCCUCAAGGUGAGUUAAAGGUCAUGGAACUUGACUCCAACAGCAAGACAGUCAAGCUGUCCACUGACUCCUUGAUAGCUAUGGAUUCCUAUGGCAGCCUCCUGCCGAUCAACUCCAACUAUCCAAUCACAGAUGGGCACAUUACACUUCCAUGGCAAGCCAAUGGGAAAGCAGGACAGCACACAGUGUUGUUCCAGGCUGAGGACAACUGGAAGCAGAAGACUACUUGUCAGUUCCAGGUGAUCAUCAAUGACUCCAUCCCACCAAAGUUCACCUUUUGCCCAAACAUCAAACCCAUCAAUACAAACCAUCACCGUCAGAAAGUCACGUGGAAUAUCCCUGUGGCCACUGACAAUGUGGAAGUGCCAACGGUGACGGGGUCACACAAGCCUGAUACUGAGUUCAAGCAGGGGACCACCAUCAUCAACUACACAGCUGUAGACAAGGCAGGCAACACAGCCAUCUGCAACUUUACUGUCAUAGUCAUUCAAAAACAAAGCUGUACCCUUCCAUCCAUCAAAAAUGGUGCCUUUGUGUGUGGCCAUGACCACACAAAGAUUGACAACUGCUACAUUGCAUGUGACAAGGACUUUGUCCUUCACCCUGUCAUCAUCUUCUCUCGACCUUUCAACUGUAUGGUGGUCAAGGACAUCGUGCAACUAACCGGCAUGCUGCAGUAUCAUGAGCCAUGUUUACGUAAGAGACUGUCUAGAACAGUGAGGCAGGAGUUCAGCCUAAGCUUCAACGGCCCGUGUGACCCUGAUGACAACAACCUCAAGGCCCAGCUCUCCAUCUCGGUGUUGAAGUACCUGGAUACUCGCAACCUCUGUCAGUGGGCAGAGUGCACCUUCGGGAAUAUCACCAUCCACUGCGGCCCCACAAGCACCAAACAACGCCGCUACGUCGAGGACCAAUUUCAUGUCAAGUGGAACAUCACUAUUGACAACAGCACGGGGUUCAGCCGUGCCCAGGUGGAGUCCAUCCUGAUGAACAUCAACCUUGUGCUGGUCAAUCUGGCCAAGUUCUUGUCCAUCAAUGUGGACGAGCAGCAGUACACCACCGUCCCAGGCACAGUGCGCAGAACCCCCCUACAGUGGGUGUGUCAGACAGGAGCCAUGGUCUACGAUGAUGGCUGUGUGUCCUGCCCAGUGGGAACCCUGCACAACUCCAGCAUCGGGCGCUGUGCGCUGUGUCCCCGGGGAUACUACCAGGACAAGGAAAGGCAGACCCAGUGCCAGCGCUGCCCUGAGGGAUUCACCAAGGAGGAGGGAGCUGUUGGCCCCGCUCAGUGUGUGUCCUUCCCCUCCAUUGAUGAGAUGAGUAAAUUCCUGAUUAUCACGGCCUGUACAUUCGGCUUUGUGUUCCUCUGUAUGGUCAUCUUCAUGUACACACAGUAUCAGCGCCAACAGAAACAAGCCCGCAAAAGUCUUGCCCUUGCCAACGCCUCACGGUACAUGAUGCCUAACAUCUAUGUUGCUCCCCCACCUCUGCCAAAGGCGAAAUUUAAUGAAAAGCCUUCUGACGCCCGAGACUAUCUUGGUUACCAUGACUAUGAGGAUAUCGAUGGGGCCGCAAACACUAAAGCAACAUUUGAAGCCUUUUACCGCACCCCCCAGUCCCAGAGAGACUCAAUGAACUCCUUCAAGACUGCCAGUGAUAUAGUGUAUCGGAUACCACCAUCGCCAUCUCCCAGGGAGUCGUCGGGGACUAAUUCUUUCAAGGCCUCAGAUGACACAUUGGUGCCCAAUUCUCCACGAGAGUCUACAAAAUCGUUCCGGUCAAAUGAAGGGUUUUAUAACUAUAAGCCCCCGAUGUCUCCUCGGGCAUCGACCAACUCAUUCAAGUCGUCCCCCGAGUCGCCCUAUCGAAGCCCCCAGUCUGCGAGGGACAUGAUGGGAAUCCACCGCUCUCCCCCUGAGUCACCUUAUCGGAGUCCACACAUGCAGCGCACGUUCCGAGGAUCGCCAGAAACUCCGCACAAAUCCAUCAGAGGAUCGCCGGAGAUGCCCCACAGGUCUUUCCGUGCCUCCCCAGAAAUGCCUCAUCGGAGCUUGUCAAACAAUCGUGAUGUAGUCAUCAUGCCCAGCACCUUCAGAUCAAACCCAGAGUCGCCCUAUCGCAGUCCAAACCUGCCAAAAGACGGCCAAAGUUCGUUCAAGCCUCUGAGUGAUUCUCUGUAUAAGCGCCCACCAUCUCCCAUCUCCCCCUCCACAUCCAGCCGUGUGUCCAGUGAUUCGCUCUACAGGCCCCCAUCCACCCCCCGGGCAUCCCCCAACGCUUCCCGCGCUCGCCUGGAGGCCAUGUUCAGGACACCCCCAUCUCAACGCUCUAAGAAAUCCAUCACGGAAAACAGUUGCUAUGAAUAUGAGUAACUCUUUCUUUGGACUUUGAAAAGAGUAAAUGAAGAUAUACUUCCAUUUUCUUUGACUAGUGACAAUGGUCUAUAAUACUCGAAGUUCCUCUUUAGGGUGUCUGAAGUUUUUAACUUUUAAGAUGAAGUUCUCUCUGAGAUGAGACAGGUGAUGAAGUUUGAGUCUGUGACUUCAUCUUGAAGAAGUGGGAAUUGUUUUCACAAAGAGAGUGGAAUCUUUUUGUCAUUUAGCCAUCAUUUAUCUCAUAAAAACUUCAAUAUGAGUAUUGUCUUGCCCAGACUUGAUGUAUAUGAUGAUGAUAAUUAUAGUUAUUUAUGUACAUAUCUUUUGUUGCCAAAUAGCACUAACAAAAAGUUAGCAUUUUUCAUACCUGGAUUUAUUCCAAAUUAACAUUCAUUCAUUUUACACCAAACCAUAUCAGGAUUUCAAAAAGAAUUUUAAAUCUUUGAUUCGGUUAUUUAAUUUUUUGCAACCAGUAACCUCAAAAUUGAUGUAUAAAUGAUACUUGUACAUUGUAUUGUUGUGUUGAAUCUUGAUAAUCAUUUGCUGAAAAAAAAAAGUAUUUUGUUUUCUGUUGGUGAUUUCUGAAAUUGAAAGAGGGCAGCAUUUUCUUCUAUUGUGAAAAUAUGUUCCCCUCUGGUGUAUUAAUUUACUUAAAGCAGAAACAAAAUGCUUUGAUUUUAGUGGUUUAUUGAUGCUGCAGAACCAAGAAUAUUUUGUUUUAGCCCUCAGAACCCCAGUGUAUGUAUAUUUAUAUCAUUUAUUAUACUAGAUUGUCUCAUGGUGUGUGAAGUGAAUCACAACAGCGCAGUUAAGAGAUUACCAUUUUGAGAGAGUUUACAUUGUUUUGAUAUUUAUAUUUAGUCCAAAUGGCACAAGGUUUGCCAAUCAUAACUGUAUCCAUGGUAAUGGUACACAAUUAUUUCAUCCUAUUAUAUUUCAUUACAAUCAUGUGAUCAUACAUACAAGGCCAUUACUGAAAACAAAAGUUCAUCAUGACAAUACUUAUUAAGGGCAUAUAUGCAAUAAUGAAGUGCCCCCAAUGAGUAUAUCUAUCAAUGUAGGUCUCACAGUGGUACUACAGCCAGACAUAGCAUGUUAUUAAUUGUUUUCAGUGUGAUGACUGAUUGGAAAGAACAAUACUUGGCUUCCAUGCGGAUCAUCUCAAUACUGAAUAAUUCAUUUUUUUAUGUAUGCUGUAUUUGCUUCAUAUUGAUUUAUGGUUUAAGAUCAACUUAAAUUUUAGUUCAAUAAUAAUUGUAUUGAAUGUUCUCUUAAAAAAAAAGAAUUCAAUAAGGGGGUAAAUUAUAUUCGGAUGAAAAAUAAGCUAUAAAGUUUUGAUUUGGUCUCUGAUAUCAAUUGUGUCAUGCAGUUCCUUUGUAUUUGGGUGUGGAAAGAUGUGAAGAAAGAAAGAAAGUGAAAUUGCUGCUAAGAACUCUAUUAAUUUAACAUAUUGAAAUAUGUGUUAAAAUGGUUUGCUUUCAUGCUUUUUUUACACCUGUGAAGAGAUGUUCACUAUAAGUAAAAAAUCAUUAACAAAGGCUCAAAAAUUGCAUCAUUUACAAAAUUUGUAUGUAUUAAACUAAUUGUGACAAGUAGUUUAUGUGAGUACAUAGUAAGUAUGUGUAGCACUGUGCUUGUGUGAGGCUGUUAUGUCAGGGGUAGUGGAGAGGUAAUGUCUGUGUGUAGGGCGUCAAUGUCUCUAGCUGCUGGGGCAAAACAUGUUCUGUGCCUUUGUUUAAAAUCAUCACAUUUGUGAUGGGGUUUCAUUUAAAGAUGCUCAACUAGCAUGCAUACAAAUUUAUUAUUUCAUGAAGGUUGGAUAUACUGAUAUGUUCUAUGAUAUUAGUGAUGGUGAUAUGAGUUUGUAUCUUCACUCAAUCUCAUUAAGAUUAGAUCUAAGUUCUCGCUGCUGCUAAACAAAGAUCUGAGGACAUCCCGUUACGGAUCACGUCAGACUGACCUUUCGCGAACUUUGACCGACCACUGAAAUGACUAACAAGAAGUUGUCAGCAGCCAAUUAGAAAGCAGCUUUCUCUUGCUUUACGGCACUCAUUUCAACCUGGUAACUUCAAUUUCUACGCUUGAAAAAUAUGUUGACACAGUUCUCCAUUAAAAUUUUGAAAACUGAACGAACAAACAUUCAGGAAUGUCUGAUACAUGAUUGCGAUUGUAUGGCAGUACUUCCCACAUACUGUGCAACGCCUCCGUUCAAAUGUUUAUCCCACGGAAGUGAGAGAUAGACGAUAAUUUUGACAGAAUCACUCACAUGGGACGUAACUGUCAUUCGAAAUACCCCGUGUUAACGUUUUUGAGGUUGCAUGAUUAGAAAAUGCAUUCCGACUGUCACUUUCAUGAUCUGGUAAUUGUGCUUUUAUUGGUCAGAUGAAAGGUCGUUCUGACAUGACCCGUAAUGGGAUGUCCUCAAAUCUUUGCCUAGUGAUAGGGAGAACUAAGAUCUGCUUUUAAUGAGAUUGUAUGGACACUGUACAAGGCACUAUCCACACUUGUUUACGGGGAUAUUAGCAUCAGAGAGUGUCCUGUUCCUCAUACAGUGUGAUGAUAGAUACUGAUAUUAACCAGCACAUUAACAACAUACUCCAAUGUGUUUGAUACAACUUGUAUACAUAAAUACAGUCACAGCUACCCUGUUAUUGGUGUAUAUUUUGGAGGUUCAGGUAUAGCAGUUGUUAGCAGGGGUGGUUGAUCUGGGGAAAGGGAGGCACAUACACAAGAUAGCAUAGCAUACCAGUGGAACAGUUGGACCAUCCAUUUUCAUUGUAACCCUUUUUCCCCGAUUCUGCAAAUCAUGUGCAAGCCUCAGCUCUGUUUAAUACCUCAAGAUAUCUACAGCUUGAUGCAUCACUGUCUGUGCUGGGCUCAUUUAGUCCUACAGUGCAUAUAGUGCAUAUAGUCGACCUGCUUUGUACUGAGACAUCACCACAUGCUAUGCAAGCCAACUGCUGGUAGCUCUAGGUGCCUGCAUCAUCAGAAAGUACAUGUAACACACACUGACAAAUCACUUCUGCAGGCUAAUUCUUAAUGCAAACUGAUAGAAUAUCUCUGUGAAAGUUGCUAAUGACACGCAUUAUAUCAUAUUGAUGAUGAGCAUUAUUUAAUUAUUAUGUAAAUUUUCAUCACCAUUUUUGCAAAAACAGAUUGAGGUGCCCUUAUUAUUCUUGGGUUGUGUUAAAAUGCCUAGAUGACUAGAACUUUGUCUUGGAGAGGAAUAGCUUGGACUAGUGAAGAAAUGUCCACACACGGUGCUGAGUGUUAUAUUACCAAAGAGAGGGUGAAUGCUUUUGAUACAAAUUUUGAUUUAGAAUCAGUGACAUGUUAUUUUGUGGUACUUCUGUAGGAUAUACCUACGAGUUUUUUCAAAUGGAACAAAAGAAUAGGAUUACUUGAAUGAUGAUUAUUCUGCUUUAGGUGUUAAUCACUGUCUUUGAUAAAAUGCAUGUCAGAGAAGUGUUGUUUUAUUAAUACAACAAUGGUAUGUCAGUUUUCAUAGAUUUUACAUGCUUUGGAAGUAGAAAAAUAUUGAUUGUAUUAUUUCAGCCAUGAUGUGCUGAAGGUUGUCAUCCUUGCAGUAUGUAAUUCACCAUCAUCAUAGCUUGUUCAGUUUUGCCUUUUGUAUUCAACAAGUAUCCAUUCAUCCCCUAAGUAUGUAUAUUUAUAAUUCUGAAGCAUUUUCUUGUCAGUUAGACUCUUGUUGUUGGUAUAUAGUUCCCAAAUCUGAUACAAUGUUGUAACAUUCAUAAGUGGCUUUUUGUUAUGUUUAUUUAGUAAAGCAAAACAAUCAUUGUUUAUGCCAGUAUUUAUAUGGCCAUUGUACAAGAAUCUGCAAUAAGCUACUAUGGUUUUCAUUUUGUGGUGUGCAGCGAUGUAACCUUGUGAUGACUGAAUGUGUGUGUAUAUUGUUCCAGUCACUGGCUGUACUCAAUUCAUGUGUUGUGCGGGAACCCUGGCUGCAUGUGCCCCUGCAGUGACCAGGCCAGGCAUAUAUGUAAAUAACGGACGUAGAAUCAGCUGGUCAGCUUCCUGGUGGCCACACACUGGCGAUAGCCUUGUGUAGCUCUCAUAUCAUGGACACGUUGUGGUGAACGUGACACAUAGCUUGAGGAUACUGACAUACUGAAACAAGAGUUGUGUAAAUGUAAGGGCAUUAAUUCAUUGGAGAUUAGUAACAUGUUCAUUGCAGGGAUCAUAUUGAUCUGUCAUUUGAAUGAGAAUCUUAAAUGAUAUAUGUUUAAUAAUAAAACAAAAAUCUUGUAAUUACUUAUUUGAGAACUGUUUGUAUUAGAAAGUAAACUUUGGCAGGUGUACAGUUAAAGAAAACCCUGAAAUAAAACUAAAUUGUUAGCUUCAAAGUGUUUGAAAAAUGAACAAGAUACAUGACUGAAUUAACAUAGCCAUUUUGAUGAGCUGUUGAAGCAUGUGCAGACUAUUGUUGUAGCUGUUGUGACUUUCUCCAAGUCGGUGAUGUAGUGUUGUACAUUGUGUACGUCUCUGGAGGAGCAGCAGGGCUCACUCUGCUGUACCACCGCCAUGUGUUCAGACUCCAUACCCUAGUGUUCUGUAGAUGUCUCAGUAUACGUAUUCCAUGGCCAUAGAUGAUUGGAACUGAAUGGAAAUACGCUGCUGAUGUCUCUCAUACUUAACAUGUGUUUCAUGCAAAUAUUACAGAAUAUCUUUUUUCACGGAAAUCACAGAAUAGUUGCUUUGGAUAAUUAUUACAAAACAUUUAUCAUCAAUUUUAAAUUUGAUUAAUAACUUUUUGAAAUUUGUUAUUAAAUGUUCAGUUGUCUGUUUUUAUGAUUUGAAAUGUUAUAGUUUCUGUACAUGGAGUUCCAUGUAGGUUGUUUACUAGUUAGAUUAUUUGUAGUUUGCAGGUUCAUUAUUAGCAGAGAGACCAUCAGUGCUGUUUCCUGGAAAUAAUGCUUCUGAAAUAUCAAUAAAUUUUGAGAAUUUCCAUCCAA